AUGGAUCGUAGUUGGAUGUAUGGUAGACGUGAAACAAAGGAUUUCAUGCAUGGGGUUUCGGAGUUCUGUAUGAGUGCUUUACAACAUCAAGCUAGUACGGGGGUCAAAGAGUUUUAUUGUCCUUGUGCCGAUUGUGAGAAUGUGAACACGGUCAAUAAUGUUUUGGUGAUUAGAGAUCAUGUAUUUAUGCAUGGGUUUAGACCUAAUUACCAUGUAUGGGUUUAUCAUGGUGAGAGUGGAGUGUACGUAGGUAAUUCUAGUAAGAAUGUUGUGCAUGAACAAGAAGAAGCUAUCUAUGCGAAAGGGGAAGCCGAUUGUUUUGAGGAUGAGGAUGACGAUGACGUUGAAAAUAAUAUUGAUGAUGAUAAUGAUCGUGUCGAGGACAUGUUGCACGAGGUCGAGGAUGAAGUUCGCGAUCGUGUUUUUGAGUGCUUGUCUAAGGCGGCUGAAACGCCAUUGUAUCCUGGUUGUACAAAGUAUAGCAAGCUUUCCGCUGUUUGCACACUCUACAAUAUCAAGACAAGCGGAGGCUGGACUGACAUUAGUUUCACUGAGUUGUUGGUGGCGCUAAGUGACAUGUUACCGGCUGGCAAUGAACUUCCCAGGUCGAACUAUUAUGCCAAGAAGCUUAUGUGUCCCUUUGGUUUAGAGUACAAGAAGAUACAUGCUUGUCCAAAUGAUUGUCUGCUAUAUCAUAAGAAGUAUGAGAAUUUGGAUAAGUGUCCACGGUGCGGAGUGUUGCGUUACAAACGCAAAGGGGUAAGCGAGGGUAAGAAUGUGUACCCAGCUAAGGUGUUGUGGUAUCUUCCCAUAAUACCGAGAUUCAAGCGCUUGUUUUCGAUAAAAAAAGAUGCAAGGAAUUUGAGGUGGCAUGCAGAUCCUGAUCGAAGGAAGAGAGAUGGUUUGCUUAGGCAUCCUGCUAAUUCUCCCCAGUGGAAGACUAUUGACAAGCUUCAUGACACUUUUGGUAAGGAACCUCGGAAUUUGAGGCUUGGGUUAUGUACGGAUGGGAUGAAUCCAUUUGGCACUCUUAGCUCCCAACAUAGUACAUGGCCAGUACUUUUAGUCAUAUAUAAUUUACCUCCUUGGUUGUGUAUGAAACGCAAGUACAUCAUGUUGUCGCUUCUUAUAUCGGGGCCUAAACAACCGGGAAACGAGAUAGAUGUCUACCUUGAACCUCUCGUUGAUGAUUUGAGAAAGAUGUGGGAUGAAGGGGUUUCCGUAUUUGAUGCACAUGCAAAUGAGACGUUUAGAUUGCGUGCAAUGCUUUUCUGCACCAUCAAUGACUUCCCUGCUCAUGGUAACUUAUCCGGCUACAAGAAUAAAGGAAUGAAAGCAUGCCCGACUUGUGAAGAGGAUACACAAUCCAAAUAUAUUUCUGAAUGUCACAAAUAUGUGUUCUUGCGAACGUGA